CAAACCAUUCACGAGACAAAACCAAAUUUAACUUCCCACCAGCCGGCCGCCGUAGAUUACCGCCACGGCCGAUUUACAUUCACCACCGGAGACACUUUCGUUGACUGACGGCUGCCAAACAUUACCACCACACUGCCUUCACGAUGACAUCGGAAGUUGCCACUGGUUUUACGAUGGAAAAGUUCCAAUUGCAGUUCAAUGAAGGGGAUAGAUCAAGACUAAUUGUUGUUGGAGCUAUUGAGCUGAUGAGACUGGUUAGAAUAGAAUGUUGGGAAGGGAAAAUGAUGAAGUCUAUGUAAUGCUACAACUUUUGCCCACUAAUUGUUCAACGAUUUGUCUUAGUGAAUAAUCGUUAUAGUUCCUUCAUAAUGUACAGAAGAUCUGGUUUCUCUUUCUCCUACCCACCUCUGGACUCUUAUGCAUUGUCAUCUCCAAUCCUGUUUCAAAAAUCUGGUUCUAUGUGGGUUCCAAAGAAGCAAAAAUCAAGUGGCGGAUGGAGACCUAAGAAGAAAAUAUACCACAGAGACCAUGAACUAGACAGAGCAAUUGACUUACAAAAGAAGCCAUCAUUAAUAUUAGAACUUAAGUCCAUCAUCCAAUCUCAAAAGCAUCAAUCUCUCCUUCUCCGUGACCUCGAAAAAGAAGUUGGGUUUGUUCAGAAAUGGAACUUCAUGUCUGUCAUUGAGAAGUACCCUACAGUAUUCCAUGUUGGUGGUGGCAGUGAUAGAAACCCUCCUUUUGUUACUCUUACUGAAAAGGCUAAAAAGAUUUCCAAUGAAGAGGCAGACACAAGAGUGUUAAUGGAACCCAUUUUGGUUAAGAAUCUAAGGAAGUUGCUAAUGAUGUCAGUUGACUGUAGGAUACCCCUAGAAAAGAUUGAAUCCAUAGAAUCUGAAUUGGGGUUGCCUCAAGACUUUAAGAAGACAUUGAUUCCAAAGUACCCAGAGUUAUUUUCGGUGAAAGAUUUCAACGGCAAAGUUUAUCUUCAUUUGGAAAAUUGGGACUCUUCAUUGGCAUUUACUGCACGUGAGGAAAGAUUAGUAUGUGAAGGGGUUUUGAACUCCAGUGCGGCUCAAAAGAAGGUUAGGAUCACAAAAGAUGGUAACUAUACAGGUCCCUUUGCUUUCAAGAUAUGUUUUCCUGCUGGUUUUAGACCAAACAUGAGAUACCUCGAGGAACUACAGAGGUGGCAGAGAAUGGAAUUCCCCUCUCCAUACUUGAAUGCAAGGAGAUAUGAGUUAGAAGAUCCAAAAGCUCGAAAAAGAGUGGUGGCCGUGCUUCAUGAACUCCUCAGUUUAACUAUGGAAAAGAGAAUGACAUCUGCCCAAUUGGAUGCAUUUCAUUCAGAGUAUCUGUUACCUCAUAGAUUACUUCUUUGUUUGAUUAAGUAUCAUGGUAUAUUUUACAUUACCAAUAAAGGUGCUAGAAGUACUGUGUUCCUUAAAGAAGCUUAUGAUGGUUCAAAUUUGAUAGAUAAAUGUCCUUUGUUGUUACAUAAUGAUAGAUUUAUUGCACUUACUGGUAGGAGAGAAAUAAAUUCUUGUACUGUGAAACCUUCAUCACAGAUUGUUACCUGAAACUUUUUGUUUGGUUUGUUGUUAUAUACCAGUUUAGCAA